UUACCUCCUCCACUUCACCGACAGAGAGAAAGAAGUCGAGACAUCGGCAAGCGAUGGCUAAGCUCGGCGUUCAGUUGUUUACGGCAAUGGCAGCGGCGCUGCUGGUUGCGGCGUCGUUGACGGGGGAAGCAGAGGCGGGGCUGCUGAGCGGGGAGAGUGGGGUCGGGUGGCUGCCUGGAAGGCCGGCGUGCGAUGGGACGAUCGGUGAGUGCUUUGGCUGGGAGGCCGAGGAGAUGGGGAUGGACUCGGAGAGCAACCGGCGGAUCCUGCAGACAAACCAGUACAUCAGCUACGAGGCGCUGAAGAGGAACAGCAUCCCCUGCUCCACCGGCGGCGCCUCUUACUACAACUGCCGCCCCGGCGCAGAGGCCAACCCCUACACCCGCAGCUGCAACGACAUCACCCGCUGUGCCCGCUCUUAAUUCACCUCCCGCCUCCUCCUCUUGAUUGCCUUCUCAUCAUUGCAACCCAAUUAAACCUCUUCUUCCUACUUCUCCUCGUUAUUCACUAGUAUCCCGUGUCAGCUCCUACUGAUCUCUACAACGGUGUCUUGUGUAGAUUCAUACAGCCCUGUGUUACGACGGUCCUCUUCGUUUUCUUCUGUUUUUCCUUCCUUCUGUCGCUCGUUUAUUGACUCUCUGUUGUUUGCAAUAAUAAAUUAUGAAGAGAAAUAAAUAAACUUUAACGCUUGGUUUUUUCA